AUGUCUUCAAGAAUACCCCCUCUCCUUCGAAUACGGUCUCCGUUAAUACGUUUUUCUAAGUCCCUCAGAACCAAUCCCACAAGACCCCACUCAACUACUAGCUCCGUCGACCAAACCGAAAUCUCACACUUCGCAAACCUAGCCUCAACAUGGUGGGACCCUCACGGUUCCUCUCGUCUCCUCCACUUAAUGAACCCAAUCCGUCUCUCCUUUAUCCAACGCUGCAUUCUCAAAGGUUCGCCAAUACCAGCCACCUCUUCCACACGUACAUACACGGAAAAACUCGACCCAACAGUGGCGGUGCAGGACGCUGAUAACCCCCAGAAGCUCUGUUUCCUAGACAUAGGCUGCGGCGGCGGAAUACUCACGGAGGCGCUCGCAAGACUACCGAGCACAGAGUCCGUCGUGGCAAUCGACCCGAGCAAGGAGGUUCUCUCCGUCGCACUUGAGCACGCGCGACAAGACCCCAUGCUCACUGGGAGCAAGCUUCGCUACAUUAAUACCACAAUCGAACAACUCCCAAAAGAACUCGAGGGCCAAAGAAACCAAUUUGACGUUGUUACGUUAAUGGAAGUCAUAGAGCAUGUCCCGCGUCCGAGCUCGUUCCUGAGGACCACCAUGGAGCAUGUCAGGCCUGGGGGGUGGCUGGUGUUGUCCACGAUCGCCAGGACCUGGGCGAGCUUUUUGACGACAAAGUUUGUUGCUGAGGAUAUUCUUGGAAUCGUACCGAGGGGGACCCACGAUUGGAAUAAGUACAUUAAUGCGGAGGAGCUGGGGGAGUUUUUUAAAGAGACGGGGGGGUGGGGGGAUGUUCUUGUUAUGGGAUGCGUUUAUGUGCCUGGGUUUGGAUGGAGGGAGGUUAGGGGUGGAGAGAGGGUUGGGAAUUAUUUCUUUGGAGUAAGGAGGGGGCUAGGUGAGGGGGUGGGAGGGAGAUGA